CACAGUGUCUCCUUAUCAUGGCUGCUUCCUGUUAGGGAGAAGGUGGACAGGUUGUGCUUUGGAAUCAGAAGAGCCCUGUGGGAGGUGCGCAGCUGCUAAGAAACAACAUCUUGUUGAUUGACUGUCCUGAUAACCGUUGGUUUCCCUACAGCUCUGAACACCUUCAGGACCAGUUUCAGAACUAACUUUUUUAUGCACACGUCAAGAUGUCCCUUCCCAAAUCUGAAACCAGCCAUCCCUUGCAAUCAGAAGAUCAAGAAGUAGGUUUCGACCCAUUGAACCCUGAAAGGAGCGAAAUAGGUCUAUCACCUGAAAUAAGGAAAAACCCUGUUUCUGAGACAGAACAAAUCUUUAUAUCCUACAGCAAAGAAUGGGAAGAACUCUUUGUAAACAACAAUUAUUUGGCAACAAUACGGCUGAAAGGGAUUAAUGGACAGCUGAGAAGCAGCAGGUUCCGGAGUAUUUGCUGGAAGCUGUUUCUAAAUGUUUUACCCCAAGAUAGAAGCCUAUGGAUAAGCAAAACGGAAGAGUUAAGAACAUGGUAUAAAAAGAUUAAAGAAAUACAUAUUACAAAUCCUAGAAAAGCUGCUGGCCAGCAGGACUUAAUGAUAAAUAAUCCAUUGUCUCAGGACGAAGGGAGCUUAUGGAACAGGUUUUUUCAAGAUAAAGAACUCAGAGCAAUGAUCGAACAAGAUGUUAAAAGAACGUUUCCUGAAAUGCAGUACUUCCAGCAGGAGACAGUCAGAAAUCUCCUAACUGAUAUUCUUUUUUGUUAUGCAAGAGAGAAUGAGCACUUGCUUUAUAAGCAGGGGAUGCAUGAACUGCUGGCACCUAUUGUGUUUAUUUUGCAUUGUGACCACCAGGCCUUUUUACAUGCCAGUGAAGCAGCACAACCAAGCGAAGAAAUGAAAGCUCUUUUAGAUCCACAUUACCUGGAGCAUGAUGCUUUUGCCUUGUUUUCAAACCUCAUGGGAAGUGCUGAACCAUGGUUUUCAACUUUUGAAAAUGAUUCUCGCAAGGAGAAGGAUGCAAUGCUUUCCACUAUGCCGUUUGCCAGACCCCAGGAUAUAGGACCUUCUAUUGCUAUUGUGUCAAAAGUCAACUUCAUUCAAGACCAGUUACUGAAGAAACAUGACAUUGAACUCUAUAUGCACUUGAAUAGACUUGAAAUCGCUCCACAAAUAUAUGGACUACGAUGGGUGAGGCUGCUGUUUGGAAGAGAAUUCCCCCUUCAAGAUCUACUUGUUGUCUGGGAUGCUCUGUUUGCCGACAGUGUUGCACUUGAUCUAGUGGACUACAUUUUUGUAGCCAUGCUGUUGUACAUAAGAGAUGCAUUGAUCUCAAGCAACUAUCAAACCUGUUUGGGACUUUUGAUGCAUUACCCACCCGUUGGAGAUGUUCACUCUCUCAUCCUCAAGGCUCUUUUUCUACGUGACCCGAAGAAAAAUCCACGUCCAGUGAGCUACCAGUUCCAUCAAAAUUUGGACUACUACAGAGUGCGUGGACUUGACUUGAUGAACAGAUCGCGUGCUAACUCCAAGGCUCCUCCCCUCAACAUAACCAAAGUUUCAAGCAGUUUGAUUAAUUUUGGUCGGAAGUUGAUCAGUCCUGCUAUAACUACGGGGGGAGCAAUGAGCCCUAUGACAUUACCGUCAAACAGCUCUGCGAGCAGUAUCAUCAGCAACACCGGUCAUACAACAGCCCUGAUAAGCCAAUCCAUGAUUGAGCCCAGUCCACACCACUUACCACAAGCUCAGCAGAUGCAGCAAAACCAACGCAUGAUGAAGUCAGAGAGUAUGCCAGUACAGCUCAGUAAAGGACAAAGCUCUAAGAAUGUCAGUUCGUCUCCCAGCAUCGAGAGUUUGCCUGGAGGCCGGGACCACACAGACUCUCCUCCUCUGUCAGCUGGGAAGAAAGAUUCCUUUUUCAGCAGCAUCUCUCGCUCCCGUUCUCACAGCAAGUCCCAAGGGAGAAAAGAAUCUGAAGAAGAUCUUGAAGGACAAAUUUCAUAUCUUCAAGGCCAGCUAAAUGAUUUAGAAGCAAUGUGCAAAUACUGUGCUAAAAUUAUGAAUACACACCUUGGCAACAUUCAAGAUGUCAUUUUGCAGGAAAAGCUGGAGAAAGAAGAUAAAAUACAGGUGUCGCUAGCGGUAUUAAAACAGAUAAAGGACAUUUUGAAAGGAUCGCUACGUUUUAACCAAAGCCUUCUUGAGGCUGAAGAGAAUGAAGAGAUUACAAUAACCGAUGACCAUUACUGCUCGAGCUUGCUUAGACAAGAGGACGGCAGUGACUCUGUCGAUGAAACACAAGAAUUUGCACCUGAGAAUCAGGCAACAGCUGACAGCUCUGGAAAUAGCGACAGCCGACACUCCGAUGAUUAUAUUAUGAUCCCAAAGCAAGAUGAGUUAAGUUGCAGUGCUUCUGGCUCUGAAGUGAAACAUAAAGAAACAUUACUGGGACAUAAAAAGGCAGCAGAUAGGAGAGAAAUUCCCUCCCGCUCAUCUAUGGCCUUUUCCGAUCCUCUAAUGGGUGGAAAUUCGUCUUCAAGUAACCUCAGUUCUAGCCCUGAUGAUGACAGCAGCAGUAAGGAUUCUGACUUCACCAUCGUCAGUCCACUUGACAUAUAAUCGUUCCAUUCUUCUAUGAAUUCACAUUUUUCUUUUUUUUCUGUUGUUGCUUUUUUAAGACUGUUUAUUAAAUAAACCGCUGUCUUCAUACAUGGUAAUAUAUUUGAAGUAUUUUGUUAUCUCUGAGUGACAGGAAGAGUACAACAUAUCUAAUCCUGCUCAUUUAUGCAAGCUGUGAUUCAGAGCACAAACGACUAUACAGUAUAAGACAUAACAGAGAAUAUAGCCAUUGUCAUUAUUGCCUUAUGUGUAUAUUUUACUGGUAAUGUAUAUGGGCUGCAUUUUAUGCAACUUUUAAGAGAUGAAAUAUAUUACAUUGAUGUCAGUAAUGCUCCAUUAGUAUUCUGGACCCGGACAGGCAACAUGAUGCAUAUUAAAAGUAUAAAAGUUUUUAUGAUACCUUUGAUUCAACUUUUAGGGAUUCAUGUAUUUGGGUUUUUUUUUUUUUUGUUCCAUAGAUAUACACAGAUAUCUAAGUUUGCUACAUAAUGAAGGCAAAGCUGUUGCAAUAUGGUGGCAGCGGUGGGAUAUUUUACUACUUUGUGUAGAAAAUGCAUAUUUUUUUUUUCUCUAUACAGUUACCAAUUUAGGAAGAUUGUAUGAACCACCGUAUAGUCACAGACUUUUGUACAGUACAAUACACAAAUAUAUGUGCCUAUGCAUUUACAGUGUAUUCAGACAAUUGCUAAUAUACCUGUUUUAUGAAGCCAUUAGAUAUUUCCUUCUAACAAUAUUGUAAACUAUAUUUGCGGUACAAAUGCUGCCAAACAUGGGAAUGUUAACUCCGACUGUCAUGUGUAGCAGAUUGAAAAAAAGGCUUGGAGGCCACAGUAAUUAAUUAAAUAAAAACGUAACAUAUCUUGUGCAAGUAAUAAAAACACUUUAAAAAUAGCAUAUGUAUAAGUUGCCUUAAUAAACUGAAGAAAUGUUAUAGGAGAAUCUGAUCAGGACGUGCCACAUCAAAGUAAUCACAUAUUUGUCACAUGACCCACAGGAAGGACAUUUUCUGUUCUUGAAACCUGUGUCAAAAAAUUUAACUUGAUUGCUCUGGGUUUUCUCUUCGUUGGUCCCCAAAUUAAUGACAAAACGUGAGUUUCAGAAUGUAAGACCAUGUUGUAUCAAUACUAUAGAUCAGCAAUAGCCAAAGUAGAACUUCAGAAGCUAGCAUUUAUGAUGCCAUGGCAAAGCAUGAUAGAAUGUGUCGUUUUGAUACACAUGGCGAUUUACGAUUGGUUGAUAUUCUGCUUUAAACUAUUUAUGUCUCCUCCAGGAUAGUACUAUGUGUGAUAUUUUAAGAAUUAAAAAUUCAAUUGUCUCAUUUAAAUAUAUAUUGUCAGCUAGUUAGAGAUCACAAUCUGUAUAGUCUCAUUGUCUCUAGAAAAUUGGGGUAAAAUAUUACUAGUUUAUGCAUAAUUGAAUGAAUAUUGACUCACUUUGAUUCCUACUGUACGUCAUCACAUAAAAGACAUGAUGAAUGCAUUUAGUUGGAGAAAUAAAACUAAAAAUAGUAUGUCAGAUCUCCGGGCAGUCAAAACUUGUAUUCCUUUUACUCAUUCCCACUAAAUAAUAUUCAAAUAUUCUUUCAUAUGAAAACUGAGGCAUUAACUAAGAAUUUCAGCAAUACUGUGUAUCGGAUACAGGUUUUAAAAAGGUUAGUCUAAAAAGUGCUUUAGUAACCUAUCUCCUCUAUGUUGAUGUUUAAAAGUACAAGUGUUUGCAUGUGCGUUCUUUUGGUUUGUUGCUGGGACUGAGAACAUAAUGAGUUCACCUUUUGGUCCAAAAGAUUAAAGUGUAGACAUAAUAACUAAAACUGUUUAUCAUCUCCAGUGGAUGUAAAGCCGCAGAAGUACUGCUGUAGAAACCCUAUACAGCUCUCAGUGUAGUCAGUAAGUGUUCAGUUUGCCUACAUCUGAAAUGAAUAUUCAGAGCUUUAUAAUAACUUUAGUUAAUGAAGUGGUUAUGGUGCACUAAGGCUUUGAGUGCCGUCUCUCCAUUUGUUCCAAACAGUUAGGGACUGCACACAUUUGUUGACAGACCAUUUUAAUUAAGGCUGAUGGACUAACACGACUCGGAUUAUGUGGACUAUAAGCCUUCAGGUAGACUUUUUUUACUCUAUAUGACGUUGUAAUUCCAGUUUACAUGUUUUUGUUUUUUUACAUAUUAAAUAAAGGAUAAAUGUAAUUGGGGCCAUCAUUUUCUUUUUUCUUUUCCUUAAACUGUUUUAAGGGGUUUGACCAAAGCCUGUCCCUUUUGCUACCACUCAGAUAUUGCAGCUUUGCCCAGAGCUCGGAAACUUCACUUGCCGUACAAGGUUAAAUUACUUUGGAUCGGCACUGCUCUGUGAGCACUGGGCUGAGCAGCAGAUUCCAAGCCCCAUGACCACUAAAAUCACACAAGUGUACUUGGAGUUACACUUGAAGGACUCAGCUCUACGUUGAAUUCUUGUCCCAACCAGUGUCCAGGAUAUUGUAGAAAACUGGAAAAC